GCUCGGCGUGCCGGGGGCGGGGCUCGGCGUGCCGGGGGCGGGGUCCGGCUGAUGAUUGACAGCUUGACUCCUGGGCGUGGCCCGGGUGGCCGUGGGCGGGUUUCGGUGUGAGUGGGCGGAACUCAGGGCAAUGGGUGGCAGUGGGCGGGUCCCUUGGUGAUUGACGGCCGGGUUGCAGAGGGAGGAGCCCGGUGCGUUUGACAGCUCACUGAGUGGGCGGGGCUCAGGGUAACUGACAGGCCGGAGGGCAGUGGGCGGGGCCGGGGUGAACCGACUGUGAGUUAGUGAUGGGUGAGCGGGUAGGGAUCGGGUGCGGUCAGCAACGUGUUGACGCUGUGAAGGGACGGAGCGCGGCGACAAGCGGACACUGACCCAGGAGGAGGCCGUCCAUGUCAAAGAUGACAUGACUAACCGGCUUGAAGUCUGUUGUACAUCUCGCCGCCAUUUCCAGAGGAACCGAGGGCCGACGAUCAGCUUCCCAGAGUUACCAUCCAGGGGAUGUGAGCCAUAAAAUCCACCUUCACCGAAAAUACAUUCCGAAGACUGAUAAAUCAUCCUUCCAGCCCCAAACAUAAUUAAAGGGAACAUGAACAUCUUGCUGAUGUUCUUUCUACUAUACUUGGCAAAAGUAAAUGUGGGGCAAAGUGCAAGCUCGCAGCCCAACUAUGUCCUUAUCAUGGCUGAUGACCUUGGAAUUGGAGACCUGGGAUGUUAUGGAAACAGCACACUGAGAACACCCUACAUAGACAGCCUGGCAAAGGAUGGAAUAACACUGACCCAGCACAUAGCUGCAGCCGCAUUAUGUACCCCAAGCAGAGCUGCUGUUCUGACCGGCCGGUAUCCAAUCAGGUCAGGAAUGACCACCUUCCAAAGAAUAGGUGUCUACAUUUUCGCAGCUGGGUCAGGCGGACUUCCUACAAAUGAGACAACUUUUGUCAAGCUGUUGAAAGAGCAAGGUUAUUCCACUGGGCUUGUUGGGAAGUGGCACCUUGGUUUAAACUGUGAAUCGAGCGAGGAUCAUUGUCACCACCCACUCCGCCAUGGCUUUGACUACUUCUACGGUCUUCCAUUGACCAACCUACGUAACUGCAAGCCCGAUGGAGGCAGUGUCAUCAAUGUGGGGGCUCGGAGUACCGUGCGCAGCGUGGUCCAGGUUGCAACUCUAUCCCUCUUCACGCUGCUGCUGCUGGAUUUCUGUCAGCUCAUGAGGGCGCCGUGGAGAGCUCUGGGUUUCAUCUUUCUGGCUGUCGCUCUGUUACUUGCUGUUGUUUUGCUUUUCUUCUCCCAAUUUCGCAACCUCAACUGCAUCCUGAUGAGGAACUGGACAGUCAUCCAGCAGCCCUUUUCAUGUGAGAACCUGACGCAGAGAAUGACCAACGAAGCCACAAGUUUCAUAGAACGGAACUCAGACCGUCCAUUCCUGCUCUUUAUGUCCUUCAUACCUGUCCACACGGCACUAUAUGCAUCUCCAGAAUUUUUAGGAAAGAGUAAGCAUGGUUUGUAUGGUGACAGUGUGGAGGAGAUGGACUGGAGCGUAGGACAAAUCUUGGCUUCCUUGGAAAGGCUUAAUCUCAGUGACAGAACUCUGGUUUACUUCACCUCAGAUCAAGGGGCCCAUGUUGAAGAGAUCUCUGACACUGGGGAGGUCCACGGAGGAUGGAAUGGCAUCUACAAGGGUGGAAAAGCAACAAACUGGGAAGGUGGAAUCCGGGUACCUGGACUCCUCAGGUGGCCUGGAGUGUUAACAGCAGGCAGGAGCAUUGAUGAGCCGACCAGCAACAUGGAUCUCUUCCCAACAAUUGUCAGACUCUCAGAAGCCACAAUGCCCAGAGACCGGAUAAUCGAUGGCCAGGACCUGAUGCCUCUGCUACUAGGUGAAGUGCAGCAGUCAGAGCAUGAGUUUCUCUUCCACUACUGUAACAGCUAUUUAAGUGCAGUUCGCUGGCAUCCCAGGCACAGUUCCUCUAUAUGGAAAGCUCACUUCUUCACACCAAACUUCAAUCCAGAGGGGUCUCAGGGUUGCUUCGACACACAUGUUUGCUUCUGCUAUGGAGAUUUCAUCAAUCCUCAUGACCCACCUUUGCUCUACGACCUCUUGAGGGACCCAUCAGAAUCAUUCCCACUAACACCCACCUCAGAAUCCCAAUAUCACCAGAUUCUGGAAGUGAUUAAGGAGGCUGUAAGGAAGCACCAGGAGACUCUGACACCAGUGCCCGAUCAGUUAUCAAUAGGUAAUUUGAUUUGGAAGCCUUGGCUCCAACCAUGCUGCAGCACUGUGUGGAAACGCUGCUACUGUGAUAAAGAAAGAAACAGCAGCACAGCACUGGAUUGAAUAAUGGAUUAAAUACAACUCCCUCAUCUGAGGCCUCAGGAAAGAUGAGCAUUUGGCAUGAUUGUAUUUUUCUUUCCUUCUCUCAUCGUUUGUUGUGUACACUCUUUCCUUCCUUUUUUCCUUUCUUUCUUUCAA